AUGUCUACUGAAGAAACUCUCACAGCACCGGUUGAACAAAAUGCCGUUGAAGAACCGCUGGAUUUGGUUCGCUUGUCACUUGACGAACGGAUAUACGUAAAGUUACGUGGAGAUCGAGAGUUACGCGGAAAACUUCAUGCAUACGACGGACAUUUAAAUAUGAUACUUGGAGACGUAGAAGAGACUAUUACAGUUGUAGAAAUUAAUGAAGAGACUUACGAGGAAGUUAUACGUGUACAUAAAAUGACGGUGAAAAGAACAUCGGAAAUGUUGUUUGUACGCGGCGAUGGUGUUAUUUUG